UACACCCACUUUUUGACUUGUUUAUGUGUUUCCCCUCCUCAGUCCUCAGUCCUCAGUCCUCGGUCCUCACACUCUCCAGUCCCACUCUUUUUAGUAGUUUCUCCUCUUCGUAUAGAAACUAGGGUGACUGACACACACACAAGACACACUGCACCUCUUUUGGUACUCCAGUCUCCAACACACUAAAAAAACACAAACACAAACACAAAGCCAAGCACAGUAAUGGAUGAAAGGCCAGAAAGCGAGUUAAUCUCCAUUCCAGCAACACCAAGAACAACAUCAACACCAGAAAUACUAACUCCAACAGGUCAAAGAUCCCCUAGGCCAACAAUCACAGCCGUAUCGGCGACGGCGAAAGAGUCGAAGUCCGCAGCGUGGACACCGACGUCGUUUAUAUCGCCGAGGUUUUUAAGCCCCAUUGGUACGCCCAUGAAAAGGGUACUUAUUAAUAUGAAAGGUUACUUAGAAGAAGUUGGUCAUUUGACUAAGCUUAACCCACAAGAUGCUUGGCUUCCUAUUACUGAGUCUCGUAAUGGAAAUGCUCAUUACGCUGCGUUUCAUAACCUUAAUGCUGGUGUUGGUUUUCAAGCUCUUUUUCUUCCUGUUGCCUUCUCUUUUCUCGGAUGGGGUUGGGGUAUAUUUUCGUUGACCAUAGCCUACUUUUGGCAACUUUAUACGCUUUGGGUUUUAGUUCAGCUACAUGAAGCUGUGCCCGGGAAAAGAUACAACAGAUAUGUAGAGCUGGCACAGGCUGCUUUUGGGGAAAAAUUGGGUAUAUGGCUUGCACUCUUUCCAACCGUUUACUUGUCUGCUGGAACCGCAACUGCUUUAAUACUUAUUGGAGGAGAGACCAUGAAACUGUUCUUCCAGAUUGUUUGUGGACCACUUUGCUCUUCAAACCCUUUAACUACUGUUGAAUGGUACCUGGUUUUCACAUCCUUAUGCAUUGUUCUAUCUCAACUUCCGAAUCUUAAUUCAAUAGCAGGACUCUCACUUGUUGGAGCAGUCACAGCCAUCACUUACUCCACUAUGUUUUGGGUGCUGUCUGUGAGUCAAGAAAGACCACCACAAAUCUCUUAUGAGCCGAUCUCACUUCCAUCUGCAACAGCUUCUUUGUUUUCAGCUCUGAAUGCUCUUGGAAUAGUAGCGUUUGCAUUUAGGGGCCACAAUUUGGUCUUGGAGAUCCAGGCUACUAUGCCAUCAACUUUUAAGCAUCCAGCUCAUGUACCAAUGUGGAAGGGAGCUAAAGUUGCAUAUUUUUUCAUUGCUAUGUGCCUCUUUCCCAUGGCAAUUGGAGGAUAUUGGGCUUACGGAAACCUUAUGCCUUCUGGAGGGAUGCUAACUGCUAUAUAUGCAUUCCAUAGUCACAACAUUGCCAGAGGACUACUUGCAAUGGCUUUCCUUUUGGUCGUAUUCAACUGCUUGAGCAGCUUCCAAAUAUACUCGAUGCCUGUUUUCGACAGUUUCGAAGCCAGCUAUACGAGCAGGACUAAUCGCCCAUGCUCAGUAUGGGUUAGGUCCAGUUUUAGAGUUUUCUACGGAUUCAUCUCUCUGCUGAUAGGUGUGGCACUCCCAUUUCUAUCAAGCCUUGCAGGUUUGCUGGGAGGGCUCACUCUCCCCGUCACAUUUGCUUAUCCUUGCUUCAUGUGGGUGCUCCUUAAGCAGCCUCCAAAACACAGUUGCAGUUGGUAUUUCAACUGGAUAUUAGGAUGGAUGGGAAUUGCUUUCAGCCUGGCGUUCUCAAUGGGAGGAAUUUGGAGUAUUAUUACUAAUGGGCUCAAGUUGAAGUUCUUCAAGCCAAGUUAAGUGCAGGCUGGAGUCUGGACUUACAGCUGCCUUAUAUAUGAUUAAUAUGAAUGUGAACCACGAUGAAGAGAUGAGGACACAGAGAAUGUGUUUUAGUUCCUGAUAUAAUGUGUGAUAUGUAAAUUUUGAGGAUGUUAUCAGUUUAAUUUAUUUCUAGUAAGGGUUUUUCUUUAA